UUGGUCAUACACUGUUGUCAAUCAAUGGUAUCCCUGCAGAGGGAAAGUACCUACAAGAUGGAAGAGAUAUACUGGAGGUUCUAUCUGCCGAGGAAAACUUUCCUAUCAGUAUUAAGUUUGGAAGACCAAAGUUAACAACCAACGAGAGGAUUAUGUUAGCUAGCAUGUUUCAUUCAUUAUUUGCAAUUGGUUCCCAGCUUUCUCCAGAACAGAGGUCUUCUGGGAUAGAGUCUUUGGAAACAGAUUCAUUUAAACUUCAUUGUAUGCAGACUAUGACAGGAUUAAAGUUUAUUGUUAUAUCUGAUCCGAGACAAGCUGCUGUAGAUAUUUUAUUGAAGAAAUUAUAUGAAGUUUAUGCUGAUUUUGCUUUGAAGAAUCCAUUCUACUCAUUGGAUAUGCCUAUAAGAUGUGAUUUGUUUGAUACAAACUUACAGUCAUCAAUAGAACAAGCAGAAAAAUUGGGGAUCAGUAAUGUUUGAAGGGAAACAACUCUUGUAUGAACUUAGUUACAUGUAAUUGAAGGCAAAGUGGACUAAAAUGUCAUAGUGUAUUUUGUCUAGUUGUGUGAUAUAACAUACAAGCAUCAUAAAAAUGUUGCGCCUCCUACUGCUUUAUGUUUAAAAUACAUUUGUUUAUGUUUAAUUUAAUUUCAUUCAAACUUUUGUACUUGGUAAAUAAUCAUGGAAUCUUAACUAUGUCUAAAGUUCUUGAAACAUUUUUCGGGAGAAAAAAGUGAUCCAUACAUGUGGACUCCCCCACUUUCAAAAUAAGGGUUUUUUUCACAAAUUAAAGAAAUCUUCCUCUUUUUCGAUGUCUGAAAUUUUUUUAUUGCAAAUCUAAAAUCUCCCUCUCUUUGAAGAAAAAUCUCCCACUUGAUCAUAGAAAAGUUCACUUGUAUGGUGAUCAAUUUUUGAAUAUUUUUUGAUAUGGUUUUCUAAGGUGUGAGGUAUAAAGAAUGUGGCAUGAGUUGUCUGUUUAUAUGAAGUUUUAUUAAACAGGUUCAAGAAAUUGUCAUAAAGCAAGUGUUUCCAAGCUUGAUAACAUUUAUUUCUAUAAGUUUAAUAGAAAUUUUAUAUAAUAUGAAAGCAAAAAUGAGAUUCUUUUUUAUAGCAUGACUAAAUGCAUUGGAAUACAUAAAAAUAUACCUGUUUUGAUGUUUUAUUCACACUUUUUAUGCCAUUCUUUUGAUGAAAUAUACAGGUUGAAAUGAUGUUAUGACAAUGGGUAAUAUAAAGACAUACAAUAUGGCUUUAUAACAUGAAAAAACAAGCAAUGUCAUGUAAUAGACAAUUAUCUUGAAACACUGUUAAUAGAUACAAGUGUGUAAAAUGCUCACUUCUAUUUAAAAUCAGAAAUCAA